AUGAGGGAAUCAAUUCUGCGCCCAAACGCGAUCGUUCCUUGGUCAGAGUAUUACAAGAGAUUAAAUGAAAAACCAAAUCUCUUGGAAUUAGCCCCACGAAUAUCUGGAGAUAUUCGACGAGCUCCGCAAAGAAAUCGACCAAGUGAUGAGAUGCUUUUGCAACAAGCAGCUUUAGCUGAAGUGAUGGAAGCUGCGGAAGAAGAUCGAAAAGCUCGUGCCUUUGAAAUGGCCAAGAAAUCGAAAGUUCCAUACGCAUUGAAGCCACAAAUUCGGAAGAAACUUGUCACCGAACCAGCUGAUUUUCAAAAACUCGGAAUGGUGGCUGCAAAAAAUGUGAAAAAUGCUGAAAAGCGACCACCAGAUUAUCAUCCACCCUUAUAUCCUGAACAAUAUCCAUACAUGAAACUAAACAAUCUACCAAGUCAUCCCUUUUUAACUGGAGAAGCAAUUAAACAAACCUCGUAUUAUAAUAGCGAUUUGAAAACAAGAAUCAUUCCGAAGACUUCAUACAAGAAUGACAUCUCGAAUGAAAUUCUUUCGGAGAUGAACUAUGCAAAAGUGAAGCCAAGAAUGGAUGAAAUAAGAAUGACAUCAUUUGGAGAAAUUUCAAAAAAUUCAAAAGAAUCUUUUGAAAUGACUCCAGAAAUGAUGGCUCGAUAUGCAAAAGCAAUGAAUAUCCCUGCUGGAUUGUUGAGAAACGGUGUCGCUGAUGGUGUUGGUCUACAGCAACUCCCAGCAAGACAGCUUGCAGCUCCGAAUUUUGUUGACACUGGAAAUCCUCUUGGAACAAUUGGAGAUGUUGCUAAGGCAGCUCAACAUUUCACCCGCAUCGCUCCCGCUUCCCAAGUCGAUUUACCCUCAAACUCUUUACUCACAAACCCAUUCCUAUCACAAAACAAUCUCCCCACUUCAAUUUUAAAUCCAAAUCUUGGCAUUCAGCAAGUCCCACUACAAACAAAUGGCCCUAAUCCUCUUGAAACAUUACUCUCUAAUGGAAAUGCUUUAGAUCAACUCUCAAAGUUAGCUAAAAACUUGUUGAUGAAUGAAGAUGGUGGGCAGAACAACUUGCUGGCAGCUUCGAUCAAAGCUUUGCAACGACAAGGAAGUUCACUUGUCGAUGAGAACUUUUCGGGUCAAAGUGAGACUCGUUCCGCACCUUCAAUGAUGGAAAGACUUAUGGCUUAUGGCGCUCAAGCCAUCAAUAAAGGAGUGAAAGAACAAGAAAGAAAAGCUAAAAUCACGGUUAUUAAAGAAGAGGAAAGUAAAAAGGAAGAAAAGAUCGAAGAGGAAAUGGAGAAAUCAAUGAAAUUGCUACAAGGUGUACCUGAUGAACAAAGAAAACUUCUUCAGAAAGUCAUUGAGAAUGGAGAAGUUGACUCGAAAACCUUGGAAAAAGCUAUCAACUCGUUGACAAAAGAUGAUACAGAAGAGGGAUCAAAAAUGGAAAAAGCGAAUAGAUUGCUAGAAUGGAUUCAGAAAAAUCGACCGGUUAAGACAACGGAAGCUGUUCUUAGUGCUGAUCGAUUGCCAUACUAUGGGAAAUAUUGUGGAGCUUUUGCGGAACAGUCUAAUGCUACGAGAAAAUACGCAGGAGCUGUUUGGGCGGUCGAUCAUCGACGUCUCAUUGUCUCCAAAUUCUUCUUCCAACCAGGAUCACUUACCGAAAACAUUACUUUCUGGGCUGGUCCAAAGGAAUCAACACUGAACCCGAUUGAAGACAUGUUUCCUUCAAAGAAUGGAUUUUAUCUCAAACCUUUACCAAUAAAUGUAGCAAUUUUUGCGAUUCAUGAAGCACCGGAAAUUGAAGCAAAAGCUAGACAAAAGGUGAACGCGAGUGAGACUCUUUUUGGAGUGACUCCAAUCUCACCAAGUCUUAAUGACACGCCAAAAAGGAAAAGAAGAGACACGGUUCAAAUUGAAAGAGACGAAUCACCGCCAGAGAAGAGCGAUGGAACUGUGCAUUUGAUCGUAAAGGGUGGCAUGGUUCAAGUGGAAAACCCAAGCAACAACAAUGAAUCGAAAGAAGUGCAAGAAGUGAUUAUUCACUCAGCCAACAAUCACAGCUUUUCGGUGAAUCCAACAAGCAGUAGCACUUUCUCGGCUCCUUUCAGGAUUCAACAACCAGAUGAGGACCCGACACCAGAUCCUUUGUCAGCAUUGCCUUUGGAAUGGUACCAAGGCUUUCAACCAUUAUUGCUCACGUUACCUUCACAAAAGUCAAUGAAAACAACUCAAUGGAUAUCGUUAUGGGAUCAUAAAACACAGAAAUCAUUGACUUCUGUCGUUUUCCCUAAUGGACCCGCUUUUCAAGUGCCGGAGAUCACCACAUUGAGAUCACUGUCACCAAAUGGACUCUUCAAUGUAUCUUCUGGCCCAAUUAGAUUGAUCGACAUGAAAACGAUUGAAGUGAAAGAUCUGCGUGUUUCCUCACCAGAUACUCCACUUUGGUUUAUGGUUGGAAAAGAUAUCUUACCGAAUGCAAAUGGGCAUAUUGUUCCACUAUUUGACAAAAAUACUUUUGAUUGUGACAGUUUGAUGGAAUAUAAAGGAGAAACGGUGACAUUGCGAUUACCGGGAACAAUGGAUAUGCAGGAUGUUUUCUGGUUUUCAAUUUUCUCGUUAACAACUGGUCUCUCAUAUUCGCAUAUCUAUUUGCCAUAUAAUGAUAUGCAUUUACCCCCUGAUCUCUCCGCUAUUCCUACUCCAAAAUGCAUCUGGAAAGCC